ACGAAGACGUGAGUGAAACGGCCCGCCCUUACGUCGGUUCAUUGAAGAAGAGGGACGGUCUGAGCUGCGCACCAUCCUCCGGAGGAACCAUGACAUCCAAACUUUGUAAGCUUUUUGUUGGGGGAUUGAACGUGGAGACCACCGAUGAAGGCCUCCGCAAGUACUUCGAGCAGUAUGGUACCCUUAGCGACUGCGUGGUGGUCAUGAACCAGCAGCUUGGACGUUCCCGCUGUUUCGGUUUCAUCACCUACUCCACGCCGGAGGAGGCCGACGCAGCAAUGGCCGCUAAGCCACAUGUCGUCGAAGGCAACAACGUGGAGGUGAAAAGGGCCAUAGCGCGAGAGGAUGCCAACAACCCGGACAUACUCGCCAAUGUCAAGAAAAUCUUCGUCGGCGGCGUGAAAGACCACAUCGUUGAGGAGAACCUGACCGAGUACUUCUCGCAAUUUGGCGCGGUGGAGAAGGCCGAGAUCAUCUCCGACAAGCAGACCGGCAGGAAGAGAGGCUUCGGCUUUGUCUUCUUCGAGGAUACCGACUCCGCCACCAAAGCGGUCCUGACCAAAUACCACACCAUCAACGGGAACAAGGUGGAGGUGAAAAAGGCUCUAACCAAGCAGGAAAUGUCCACCAGCGGCCGGGGAGGAAGGGGUCGAGGGAGAGGGAUGCAGAGUUACGGCGGCGGAAGAGGAGGCGGCGGCGGCAGCUACGGAGGCGGCUACGGCGGUAGUUACGGGGGUGGCUACGGCUACGGCGGGGGCUAUAACGGGGAUGGCUACGGAGGCUACGGGGGAUACGACGAAUACGACAGCCAGAUGGGUGGCGGGUACAGCAAUGGGGACUUUGGGGACGGCUAUGGACAGCAGCACUCCAGUUACGGAGCGAUGAAGGGGGGCAACUAUACUUCUUACCGGAGCGGGGCUCCUUAUAACAGGGGUGGUGGAUUUAGCAGUGGCUACUAAUGGCGCCCUCAAACGAUGAGAGAUUCAUUUCUAAUUGAAAUGGACUUGAUUUACACACACGAGCUACACAUGUCCAGGUAGGGGGUGAGAGGUGGUCUUCGAGUUCAAUUAAAAAGAAGCAACGCCCAUCACCCACACAGCCUGCUUUCUGGAUCCCAUCCACCCCCCACCAGGACUUCCCUUCUUGUCCUCUUAUUCCACACGUUAUGGACUUUAAUACUAAGAAUUGUGAAUUAUUGAACUGUAUUUUGUUAUGUUGAAUUCUUUAAGUAUAAUUUUUGUCAGUCACUGCUUCAAAUGAGAAAAAAUCGAUUGUUUGAUUUGCAGAUCUGUCAGUUUUGCCUGUUUUCACACCAUGAACUCAGGGUUUUAGGUAAAGUUUGUGGCAGUGUCCGGCAGCAUGGGACUGGAUUUCUUCAGCUUCUUGACCCUAAAACUUUUUUCUUUGCUCUCUUUUGUUUAUUGUUUUGAGAAAUGUCAGGGACUAUUUUCACUGUACUCUUGCCCCACUUUCCCGUCCCAGUUUUCUUUUUGUUUUCUUUUUUUGUUUUGCCUAGAUUAAAAUCCUUUGAAAUUCAUGUGUUCAGCUCACCCCCUAUGUUCUGCUUUUAUUAAAGUUUUUAAUGUUUUAAAAAUCUA